AUGAAGGCUGUGAUGAGACCAACUAUCUCGAGUUCGUUCCUCUGGAGACAAGUGAAGGUGAGGCAGUUUACUUUUUUCACCUUCUCUUAAGUCAUUUUUCAUUUCUAAAUUUGUAAAUUUUAAAUCACUAGUUUUUCGGCAGUUCUGGUGGUCUCGAGAGGAGCAAAGCAAAAACUGCUCCUGUGGCCAAGGUGUCUCGUCCUGAGUGGAUUUCCCUUUGUGCUCAGUCCUAUCCGACUGACGAUUGGUACAAUCUGUCACCGAAAAUCAUCCAGUUGCUCAGUCGGCGUCUUCACAAUCAGCAAUAUCACCCCCUGUGGCUCAUUAAAAGUCGCAUCGUGGACUUCUUUUAUAAGGUUGGUGAGAUUCUACCUCCUCUUACUUAACAUUCCCCAAUUUUAAGCUCCCUUAUCUCUAUCUAUGGGCCAGCGUAGUACGCUUUGCACAUUUUUCUGACAAUAGUUUUUCAUCGUAAUGGCUUUAGAAUCAAGGUUCUCCUUCUACCAUUGCAAUUCCAUUCUCAUUCGUGUCUGCUCAUGAUGUCCUUGUGACUAUGUUGUUCAGGGUGAACGAAGUGACCGUAAUUUCAGGUUUUAGGACAAACAGUUGUGUUCUCUACAACGCCUCCGUCCACACCCUACACUCACAAAGAGCCUUGAAUUCCAGGGAGUCGCUCUAAGCUAGCCUUUGUAAACUGUUUGAGUACGGGCUAGCCCAUUACGCAAAAAUUUAAAUAGGCCCCUCUUCUGUCGCGCACCCAACUGGUGACACUUCACAGGAACGUCUGAAAAUGUUUUAUUUGUAUCUGUUCUCUCCACUGUAGCGUCCGUCACACGUCAAAAAAUGGAGCAGUAGUCCCAUGUUUUCUGUCCACGAUUCUCUCAGUCCCGUCGUCAAUACUGAGCAGAAUUUCGACAGUCUCCUGGUUCCGCCCGAUCACGUCAGCCGGAGACCCACAGACACCUACUACGUGAACGCCAAUACGGUUUUGCGGAGCCACACCUCAGCUCACGAGUCAGAUCUCAUUUCUUCCGGGCUGGAUGCCUUUCUGGUCACUGGGGACGUAUAUCGGCGCGAUGACAUAGAUGCUCUGCAUUAUCCCGCCUUCCACCAACUGGAGGGUGUCCGACUGUUUUCGCGGGAUGAAGUAAGUUCGUCCACGGCAUGCCGCUCUUUGCUGUCGUCUUUUUAUUUUUGCCGAUGUCCUGGCUCUUUAUUCCCCCAGUACUUGGCCACCGAUUUUUAUUUUUCCUUUUUCCUUAUUUUGUAUCCUUCGUUCCUCCGAUUUUUCCCACCGUCCUUCGGAAGUCAGCAUAUUUGUUUUUGUUGUUGUUGUUGUUGUUGUUGUUGUCGUCGUUGUCGUCGUCGUCGUCGUCGUCGUCGUCGUCGUCGUCGUCGCCGUCGUCGUCGUCGUCGUCGUCGAUACUUUAACUAUUUCCACGCACUUGCGGAAUGGUUUGAAAGUGAUAUGUGACUUGUUGCAGCUACAAGCUCUUUCUGGGGACAUUUGCCUGCCUCUUUAUUUACUGAGGCGUAUUUACUGCCGACCGGCUGUCUUUUAGACAACAGUGGCAAACUGUUAGUGCCUUCAACCCUAUUCAUGUUUCUAAUCAGCUCUUCCGAGACGCGAUCGACCCCUCCGCCUGUCUCACUCUCUUCGAAGCUGGCACUACCGCUAAGCGUUGUGUGGGCUCGGAAAUUCCGCCCUCCUCCGCACUGCCACCGGAUCGUCAGCCUUGGCAUUCAAUGGAGACGGUCCUCUCUCUUGAAUUCCAGCUGAAGUCCGUCCUCGAGGAACUUGCAGUACAGCUUUUUGGGAAAGGUAACCACCCAAUUUUCACACCCCUUCUCCGUCACUUUAUCCCAGGACCUCUGCCCGACUCACAGACGCAUGCUAAAGGCUGAAAAGCAGGAUGGGGGAGAAGGGCACUCACCGAUUGCAUUACGGAACUCACUCGUCCCACUGUGUCCUGGGGCUCUCUCUCUCCCGAGCCCAACCAGCAGUCGCACAGCGGCGCAUAAUGUAGGCAGGAUAAUAUUGCCGACAAAGACGGGGGGGGGGACGGGAAUGGCCAUUCCUGGCUUAUUAACUGUUGCCAACCAGUUGGUAAUGCUGUUCUGCCUAUAUCACGCGCCGUUGGGCAGCUGCUUGUUGGGUUCGAGAGAGAACCCCAAGACACGGCGGUGCAAGUGAGUUCUGUAGUUCGAUAGGUGAGCACCCUUCUACCAUUGUGUGUACCCGAUCGCAACCGACAGGACAACGAGCCUCUGGCUCAUAAGCCAGAAAUGGUCAUUCGAGUCUCCCUUGUCUUUUCAGGUAAUGCUAUCCCUAGUAUGGUUUGCUUUACAGCCAGUUCCUCUUCCUGUGGCACAGACAGUAUUAAUGAAAAGUACUAGUACCAGAACGUACACCCCUGCUACUUUUUCCACAGGCUCAAAACACCUUUAUUGUUUCAGGUACCCCUGAGGGCAUCUGUUUCUGACAGAAACCUCUAAAAUGCAUUACAAAAAGGGGUGGAAGUACUUUCAGAUUGUCUGCGAGUUGAUUCAAGGCCGCCUUAGGCGACUUAAUAGUGUCGGAAGUGUACGCGGUCAACUCUGUGAAGUGUAGUUGUCACGACCUAAUCUAAAGGCUAGCUCGAUUGGAGCGUACAUACAAAGCCUUGGUAAGGGGAUUGGCUAUUUCCACCCGCAGCACUAGGUAGCAACGCAAUAAUCCCAUGAAUUUUUAGUCUGAAGCCACCCUGUCCGUCAAAGAUUUUCAUUCCACAGCUCCUAAAUCAGGCGAAACUUCCAACUGACGUUACAGCAUAAGUAAUUGCAAGUCCGCAAAUUUUCCGGAAAUAUCACAAAUUAAUCAGCAAUAUAAAAAAAUCAUUCAUGAAUUUUAAACAGAUAGUCAUUGUUGAUGGUUAAAUAUAUUUAAACUGUCCAGAUCGUCUGCGUGUAUGGGGGUGCAGUCGUUCCAUCAUUGGGGCUGAUAAGAGCAGACAGGAUCAACUAUACCAAGUAUAAGUAUGGAGGGUGUCUUACAACACUCAUCGAUCUAGAUCUUCCUACAUAUAUUUAUACUGGUUUGCAGGAGGGACCACUUUCACUGUAGCCUCAACCUUCCACUUAAGCAGGACGGAGCUAUUGCUUGGUCUGAGAUCAUCUUCAGGAUCCAUUAAAAACCAUUCAUCUAGACGAAGCCCUGACGAUAUCUCUUCUAGGAAGAAGGAUAGCCCUAUGGAAUUCACACAGGGGUGGUAUUUUUUCAUACGGCACCAGGAACCGAAGGAAGAGCUGAAAAUGGCGAAUUGAGAAACUAAAGGCGAGGUUUGGACAAAUGGGAGAAAAGGUCAAAAUGAAAGAAGAUUCGUACCAAGAGGUUGUUUACGUGGCUAAAACCGGCCACACUGAGGUCUGUAUCCUACUGAACACUGAAGGACACACAAUCAAAGUGUGUUUAACAGAAUGAAAUAACAUAAAAAUUUAUUUAAUGAAAUCGAAUUCGUAUCAUUGUACAGAAACGUGCUCCUCUACAGAUACCGAAAAAACUGAACGAUUAUCCAGUGGCUGUGAACUAUUUAGAUUUUCAAGUACCGGUACACACAUUUUGCAUGAUAUAUCGUACUGACAGCGCAGAAACUAGCUUAAAACCCGGACGCGCGUGUUUGCCGACAUUCUGCCGCUGCGUGGCGCAGCUUCGAGGGGUUCGGUUAAUCAUCCAGCGUCUCCUGUGUGCUUUUCUGGUAGACACUUCUGUUUUGCAAUUUCUACUUUCUGAGGAGCAAGACCAAAAUUCAAAAAACCCUUUUAAAGUAGUGAGGUAAACGGCACCAUGUUUGCGACAAACAGCAGCAUUUCUUGUUUCUAUUAGCAUGAGUACUAUUGUUGACCCGCCCGCUUUCGACUAUCUACUGUUUUAUUAAAUUUAUCCGCAAAAUGCUACUUACACAUAUUCAGUAGGCAUGCAAAGGCUUCGUCUACGGAGCGUACCUUUACUAAUUUCCUGAAAGACACUGAUGAGCAAGUAUGGGAUCUCAAGUUAUUUGCGAACCGGUCUUUGACAUACGUCCACAUGCAUCUCUUUUUGUAAAUGGUGCAAAAGGAGUUUCUCGGUAUGAAUCUGCAACCUUCAGAAGACUGAGGAUGAGGCCAUCUUAGAAUGAUUAGAUGCAACGAGCCUUUGAAAGGAGAGCUAACCUCUUUAAAAACUGUCAAAACCCCCCUCAGAUUUCCCCAUGCACCAGUAGAUGGCUCAGAAGAUUAAUUUGUCAGACCUGCAAACGAAAGCUUGAAUUCCCUUUGUUUAGACUACCCAGCCCCAUUUCCAAAGUGAAAAAGGAGUUUCGCCUUUUCCCUCAGAUCCUAAGGGAUUAUAUCCCUUAUAAAUGUCAAUAAUUUGUAAGCAUUGGUGAGAACAGGACUUUUGCCCUUGCUGUCGAAAAGUACAUAAGCGGUUAUUGGGAUCAUUGUUCUUAAGAGAAGCUGCAUCGUGACUCAAAGUGGUCCAAAAUGUACAGUACCGUACUUAUACAAUCUUCAAAUAGCAGGGCGAUAGUGGAAACAAUUAUGCCAGGGUAAGUUGUCUCGGCCAUCCUUGAGGGCAAGGAUGAGCGACAUCUGUGCCCGAUUUUCGUCCAGUCGUGUUUGACAAACUGUCGGCCACUCCGUGACGCCUGUCCUCAGAACAAAAAUUAACAUCUUUGCGGUUACUGAUCCUCGAUUUACGUGAAGAUAGGGUUCGGCUUUCGACUUUUGCUGUGUGUUUCAGACACCCCUAUGCGCUGGGUUUCGGCCUACUUUCCCUUCACACAUCCCUCCUGGGAGUUGGAGAUUCAAACUGGUGUCAGGAGUGGCGACUCCGAUGAUGGCUGGACGGAGAUGCUCGGCUGUGGCAUUCUACGCCAGGAAAUCCUUGAAAAAUGUAGGUUGAUGUACAUUAAAUGGUACAUAGUGUGGUCUUCCUCUGUUUCUUUAUUUUUUCACUCCUAGCUAUGCUUCUUCUUGCCCCUCCAUCUUCUUUUCUCUUCGAAAAUCUUCUCCUUCCUCUCUGCUCCAGGCGGUGUGACCAACAAGGUCGCCUACGCCUUCGGUCUGGGGCUGGAGCGUUGGGCAAUGAAACUCUAUGGCAUUCCUGACAUUCGGCUUUUCUGGUCAGAGGACCCGGGUUUUCUGAGCCAGUUCAAGACAAACGACAUCCACAAACCGAUAACCUACAAGGUGAGUUUUCUGGAAAAGAACCGAGUUCGCGGUCUAACACGAUACCAGCGGGAUAAAUUCAACUCACAGAAUUUGCGAAAAUGACCUUUUUCGACUUUUUUUCUGGCAGACCUUAUCUCUUUAAUUUUUCGCAGUUAAUUUUGAGUCUGCAAUUUUCACGGGGCCCAUGUCUUCAGGAUUUACCGUUUAAUUAAGUUUGUUCCUCAUUUUGCUGUAGGCGGUUAGCAGCUUCCCACCCUGUCCGCUCGAUAUUUCCUUCUGGCUGCCAUCGAACCUGCAUCCCGACACUGUCGCCGAGACCUCUGACAUUGGCAAGACGGAGGCCGCACCGGAUAAAAUGCUGGCUUUUGAACGUGAUCUCUUCGAACUGAUCCGCGAUGUCGCGGGCGAUCUCGUAGAGCAGGUAUAGUUAUGCCAAAUUUUGCCGCGUGUUGCUUCCCCACAAACCUGACUAAUAGGCGACAUCAGAUAUUCAUUGAAACUUUCACCGCCACCGUCUUCCUCCUCCUCCUCCUCCUCCUCCUCCUCCUCCUCCUCCUCCUCCUCCCCCCUCCUCCUUCCUCCAUCUAUCCAUCCAUCAUCAUUAUCAUCAUUGAAGACCGCUACCGCCACUGCCAUCGCCAUCAUACUCCGCAUCCAUAAUAGCAACCACCGCCGCCGCUGUCGCCACCAAAACCACCAUCAUCAUUAACACCACUAUCGCCGGCCUCUGCCGCCACAUUAUCACACCACGAGCGUCCUAGUUUCUAGUGUCAGCAACGAAAGGAACAACAACAACACUAAAUACAUCCGACGCCAUCAUCGUUGUUGUCGCGACCAUCGUCGCCGUCAUGAUGAUCGUCAUCAUCAAAAUUACUGUUAGUGUAGACAGCUAAAUCUGCAGAAUCAGCAACAACAAAACCCUACCGUCACAAUGAACAUCACCUCUAGCACCAUUGUAAAAAGUAUACUUUCAGAACCCACUGAGGUACAGGGAACCCUCGACAUCUUGAACGGGACUAAGCAAUCCCUUCCGUUUGGUACCAACUGCUUCCUCGAAGCAACUGAGCUGCCUUUGCGCCCCAAAUGUCUUCACGCUGAUGUGUUCGUCAUUCGGAUCAUUGCUUCUUACCGCGUCUUUUUCAGCCUGCUAAAAACCCUCUGGAUCAUCGUAAGAUCACCACAAUCACCGGAAUUCGAGUCUCUUGGGUAGCCACAUGCUUUUGUUGAGUGGUGGUUGCUAAAAAGCCAAGGCGGUAGGUGGGAGCGUUCUACAGGCGCGACUUAUCGGACCCGUCUUAAUGGAAAGACAUUGUGACCGACAGCCAUCCUUACGAUGCCUGGAGUCUUUGUUCAAGGCCCGACUCCCUUAAGACCAUUCGCCAUCCCAGCGAGCUAUUCCGGACGCAGUCUGGCCGAUCGCAAUAUGCGCACACGCGGCUAUUCAGACGGUCACCUGUCAUCCGUCGACCAUCGCAACAGAAACCACUUGGACAGAAGACACUUAAACUUACCCCCCACAAACUUGUUGUGGCAGCCAACACCUCUCUCUCCCUCUUUAUCUCUCCCUCUACCUCUCCCCCCCUCUCUCUCCCUCUCUCUCUCUCUCUCUCUCUCUCUCUCCCUCUCUCUCAGACACGACUUACCAGCUCGACCGUCGUGAGCGUCGACGCUCACCGUGUUCCACACAGAGUGGACGCAGCUCCGCUGACGUGCACGCCAAUCAGUCACGUCAGUGAAGCAGACUCCUAACAUCUACCACACGUUCGCCUCCCCCACCUGACUGAAGCCGGUGGCAGGAUGGCCGUGGGCGGGGUCGGUCGCAGUAAGUGACAUCGUUAAACGGCGGGCUACACACAGCCUGGCCCGCCACAUAAUACGCUCGACUCUCACAGAGGGUCUUCCGGACCUCGCGUACACGAGAGCGCCAUAACGGGUAAAUUGCGAAGAAGCCAUUGAGCCGGACCAAGUCCGCCAGCCAGUCACCUCUCGUACACACAGUAUUGACCGUGAGGGUCGAGCUAUCCCGUCGCUUUGCGGUCUUGAAAGCCAGGAUUUUUAACUUGUCGUGAUAGAUUUAAGUGCGUCUGAUUUAUCGUUGUGGAGAACGCGUUGGUGUGCCGUGGGGACGGAUUCUCCAUUGUCGAUCUCACUCUCUCAUGCGCCAGUUGACUCUUAGGCCUGUUAAGCAUCCGGUGGUGGUAUUGUGCGCCGUUAGAAGGGUCCACCUACGUGUGUCGCACGCGACUGUGUCACCUCUUCAUCCACCAGGGUGCGUCAACGGACGUGCUUCCCGUCUACGUGAGAGGUGCCUGCUCUGCUUUGCGAUGAUCGGCUCGGAUCUCAAGCUAUUGCGCCAUCAAGGCCGCCUCGAGAAGGAGCCAUCGGGCCCGGCUCUCAGUCCGCUAGCCAGUCGUCCCACGUAAACGCGGCAGUUUGGCCGUCGUUUCAGACGAUGUUUACCGUCGACGCAGAGACGGUGACUUGCUCCGCAGUUACCGCGUUCUCUACUCUCCCACCUGUGCUCGACCGGAGGAGGGACCGGACGAAAGUGUCUAGAGCGGUAGGAACCGACACCUAGGCGUCCCACUACACCUCCAUGUAUGACAUUUGUUAUGGUCACACAGCUCAAUAACUCGUGCCGGCUCUUGAUCUAGCCCCUGUAUGGGUCCAGCGCAUCUAUCGCUUGGCCCACAUACACGCAAAGUACUGGCUACACACACCGCGUACAUGACCUAACUCCGUCAACACACGCCCUGUUCCUGGACACUGCUAUCUGAGACACAGAAUUGUAUGCGCAAUGGAACCCCACGCCAUGGUGCUGUCGAAGUUCCUCUCCUAACCGAGACCUGACCCAAUUGUUGUGGCGUUUUGGAUGCAGUUGCUACCCGAGUCUCUGUGGGCGACGCUUUGGAAAGCACUCCAAGUUCAGGCAGGACACCGACUUUGAUUAUUUGGGUACGCCUCACAGUCGCAAUCAAGCCAACUAAUUACGACCGUUCUGGACAGUAAAUGGCAUAGAAUAUAGCAACAACGCGUAGGCGAUUAACCAAAAUUAGGACUGAAUACUGUGCACCAGGUCCCUAGCAUGAUUCUACACCCCCCUCCCCCAAGGUCUUAAAUGUCCAGUAUUAGAAACAGUGCUCACUGAUGGCCUCAUCCCUACCUCGCCGCGGAUUGUCGGGUGUGAAAUGGCCUAAUCAGAGAUUAUAUUGUGGUCAGACAGGUCAAGUGCGACCGCUGAUGGCCAAUAAUACGCGCACCGUGUGUUAGAAAUUCCCAGGUGGCUAGAGUGCUGGCUGCAUUAAAGCCUCCCCUUGCUGUCGUGAGUUCGACUCCCACCGGGGCGCCGAGUUCUUCAGAGUUAGUCCAAAGUGAAUUGUUUGAAAUCUGCCCUGAGAACUGUUAAAUUCUCUUUUAUUAGCAUUUCUGCUUUCGUUGCCGUACACAGACGUAGACUGAUGGUCGUCAUUCAUCUCCUAUUUAAUCUUCUCCCCUUGUCUUUUCCCCGUCGCCGUGCCCAGGUUAAACUGAUUGACACAUUUUUUGACAAGAAGCGCUCCCGCACCAGUCUGUGUUAUCGUGUCGUGUACAGAGACCACCACCGCACCCUCACCAUGGACGAGGUGAGGCCCCUGCAUCUGAAGAUUGGCCGACUAGCUGAGUCCAACCUGCACGUCAAAAUCCGCUAG